AUGAUAAAUCUGGGGCGUAUAAAGUUACCACCCAUCAAGAACGUGCUGGAUGUGGCAAUGCAGACUGUGAGGCAGCAGGUGCCCGAUAAAUCUGGACAGCCAUCGCGCCCGCCGCAGAACGUUAGAUUUGCUAACACGGAUAUGGGUGAAAGCUGUGAACUCUCAACAAUGAACGAAACAACGUCACCAACAUACCAAUCUACAAACCCCACCAACCCAUUUCUAAGUGGUCAACUACAAGCUGAAGAUUCUUUUACCAGCUAUCAGAACACUUAUCCACAACAAGAUGGUGCACCAAGGACACAAAGCAUGCAAAGUGUAGAUUUUUAUGCCUCAUCAGAAGAAGGCGGCUUUGAAGAAGGUGGUGGAAAACCUGGUGCUAAAAUUAAUGAAUUUCAAGCUGCAUGGAAUGUUACCAACGCUAUUCAGGGCAUGUUCGUGGUAUCGUUGCCUUUCGCUGUACUUCAGGGAGGAUAUUGGGCAAUAGCAGCCAUGAUUGGUAUUGCUCAUAUUUGCUGUUAUACAGGUAAAAUCCUCGUUGAAUGUCUAUAUGAAGAUGAUCCUGUAUCAGGACAGCGCGUUCGUGUUCGUGAUUCUUACGUGAGCAUUGCCAAAGAGUGCUUUGGAAGAAAAUAUGGCGCAAAAAUUGUCAAUAUUGCCCAAAUUAUAGAACUUCUCAUGACCUGUAUUCUUUACGUCGUCGUAUGUGGUGAUCUAAUGAUCGGUACCUUUCCGGAUGGUUCCAUCGAUACCCGUUCUUGGAUGAUGUUAAUUGGUAUAUUUUUGCUACCGUUGGCAUUUUUAAAAUCUUUAAAAAGCGUCAGUAUGUUGUCUUUUUGGUGUACAAUGAGCCAUCUCAUAAUCAAUGCGAUCGUUCUUGGCUACUGUGUUCUUUACAUUGGCGAUUGGGGUUGGUCGAAAGUUAAAUGGUCAUUAGAUUUCGAAAAUUUUCCUAUCAGCUUAGGUGUUAUUGUUUUCUCCUACACAUCGCAAAUAUUCUUACCCACUUUAGAAGGCAACAUGGAAGAUCGAUCUCGAUUUGAAUGGAUGUUGAAUUGGUCGCAUAUAGCUGCAGCAGCUUUUAAAUCUAUCUUUGGAUACUUAUGUUUUUUGACAUUUCAAAAUGAUACUCAGCAAGUGAUUACUAACAAUCUACGCUCAGCUGGUUUUAAAGGGCUAGUUAACUUUUUUUUAGUGGUCAAAGCUGUACUCAGCUAUCCAUUGCCCUACUAUGCUGCAUGUGAUUUAAUGGAGCGCGUUCUGUUUAGAGGAAAACCAAAGACUAUAUUUCCACCAAUUUACGCCUUAGAUGGAGAAUUAAAAGUUUGGGGACUCGGUUGGAGGCUUGGUGUGAUAAUGUUUACUAUCCUCAUGGCAAUUUUCAUUCCACAUUUUGCUAUACUCAUGGGUUUUAUUGGAAGUUUUACAGGAACAAUGUUGAGUUUUAUAUGGCCAGCAUAUUUUCACCUUAAAUUGAAAGGCAACCAAUUAGAAAGCACAACUAUUGCCUAUGAUUACUUUAUUAUAGGACUCGGCGUACUCUUCGGUAUCAUUGGGAUGUACGAUUCAGGCUCUGCACUUAUAAAAGCUUUCAAGAUUGGUUUGCCAUUU